UAUUUAAGGAAAUAAUGAAGCACAUUAAUAAUGUAUUUAUUGUGGUUUAAUUUAAAGCUUAUUAUAUAUUUAGAUGGAUCAAUCUAUUUCUUUAAGGAUUCUAAAAAUCAUUUUAGUGAUGACAUGUGUCUACAAAAAAAUGUUGCAAUGUUUCUCAAAUAAUAUAUAGGGGAUGUUUUGAUACUUUGUAUGUCGGUCAGUUUGAAGUGAUGUUCUCGUGAAGCUUUUCUUUUUCAGUUCUACACUUUGCGAAACAUUUGAGGUUGCUUUCACGAUAUAUGGGCUUUUGCAUAGACCUUAGCAUUGGGCUUAACUUACAACGAACAAAAUAAAUGAGUAAGACAAAGUUUGUUUUAUUUCAGCAUUGCAUUUACGUUUGUCUCUCACUAAAGGGUUAUGCCAAAAAUUUAGUAAAUCCAGAUUCUUAAAUUUUCCGGUUAAUCUCUUGAAUAAGAUAAGUCCCUUUUGAUGCUUGCAUUCCAUAAGGUAGGAUUAUACUUCUACUAGCUCUCAUAUGUUAUGUUCAUUGGCCUAAAUCUUUAGCUUCUUUUUUGUCUUCUGCAAACAAUGACAUACAAGCAAAAUUUCGCAUAAGACCAUACGUUAUACAAUGUAUAGAUUAUAUUUGUUACGAAGAAAAAAUAUUCAUAUGUGACAAUAUGUAUUCUAAAAGACCAUAUGUAUCCAAUUCAUUCAACAUUUAAACAGCAUGCAAGAGAGUCUUAAAGGAUGCAAUUUUGGAUUAACGGUCAACAGGUCACACUAGUAAAUUAGUAAUUAAGCAGAUUAUAUAUAACCGUAUUGGGUAGAAACAAAUAAAAAUUAUUCAAUAUAAAAGGAAAAGAGAAUGAGGAGUCAAGUCAAAACAUCACAUCAUUUUACACAAAGCAUACAACUGUCUUGUCUUGUCAAAUCAUUCGCGUCUAGACAAAAUCUUACUCCCUUGAACAAAAAAAAAAAGACAAAAAUCUUAUUUACAUGUUUUUUUUCUUAAUUUUGGUGUGAUCUCUCUAAGGCUUUUUAUACCCAAAAAUAUUUUACCAAUUAAAACGUUCCCAUAUCCAAAGAAAAUUGAACCCAUAGAUAUACUCACGUCUGUGAACCUUUUACCACUAGGCCAAGACCACUACUCCCAUACAUGCAUACUAAUACACAAACAUAGACAUGCACAUACAUGCUCCUUUGCUACUAUACAAUUAACUUUAGAAAACAAAUUUAGUGUAAAAGUUAAAGCCAUGAACUUUAUUAUUUUUUGGGUAAAAUUAGAGCCUUUUUUACCCAAUUUUUUCAACAUAGAUGACACUUUGGUACACAUUAAGCAAUUUGACCUUCUUAAUUUUUUUAACUAGAAAAUAACUCUUUCAACUCAUAUGUAAGUAUGAAUAUAAUAUUUGUCGUCCUUUGCUAAUUGCUACUAUUAACUUUAGAAAUUUUUUGUUGUUGUAAUUUGUAAAUGUUAAAGCUAUGAACUUUAGAGCUAUUUCGCAGAUAACAUUUUUUACCCAACGUUUUCAAAGUAGAUGACAUUUUUGGUGCAGAUUAAGCAAACAAUCUUCUUAAUUAAGACAAUAGUAAAUAACUCUUUCAACUCAUAUGUGAAAGACAAUGUAUUUCCCUUGAAGGACUUUGUGUAUUUACGUUAGAAUAUAUAGUACAAACUGUUCAGAGAAAUAUGGGAUACGCUAGAUACUAUACAGAGAAUAUACUGAGCAUAUCUAAACUAAUAACAGAAGAUGUUUAUCUUCUAAUACCCUCCCGCAGUUAGAGAUGGCAUUUGGUACCACCCGCCCCGCAUUGGCCCGCCCCGCUGCGGUCUCUCUCUCCGGCGGUUCUUUGCGGGUAAGCCCGCCGUGACCCGCGGUACUUAAACCUCUGCCCAAACCCGCCCCGCUUACUACAUAGGACAUUGCGGGCUGGCCCGCGGGUAUGCAAAACAUGAUGUUUCAUUGGGGUGAGCUUGAGAAGAUGUUGUUGUUGUUGUUGUUGCACGGUGCAACUUGCUUCGGACGAGGAGAUGGAGAGUUCCAGUGGAAGCUCGAGGAAGGAGAGAAGCUCCAGUGGUGGUGGAAAGAAGAUGGAGAGAAGCUCUGAUGGUGGUCUUAGUCGAGGAGAAGAAGAAUCGGUUGGUGGUGCUGCUCCUCUGGUGCUCGUUGGUGGAGUCGUGCUGUAGAGAACCCUGAUCGCCAUUUUCGUCUCUUGACUCUUUUUUUUUUCAGGUGUAAAGACAGCAAAUGAGGAAGUGGUCGCGGGUUAUGUCGACCCCGCAAGACCCACUGAGCCUAGACCGCAAAAGCCCAAACCCGCAUGACACUUACCCGCGAGACCCGCUUUUAAAUGGGCUUCGAUUACCUUUACCCAAAUCCGCCCCGCAUGGGUCUUGUACGGGCCAGGCCCGCGGGCUGCGGUCAAAAUGCCAUCUCUACCCGCAGUUGUAGCGUGGGUUCCGUCACGCCUAAACUGGAUCGGAAGCUCGUGAACAGUGUUGAAGAUAGUCCUUUUGUGAAGAUAUCUGCAUAUUAUAGAGUAGAUGGAUUGUGAAGGACGCGGACCUCGCCCAUUUGGACCUUUUCUCUCACGAAAUGAAUAUCAAUUUCUAUGUAUUUGGUCCUUUGAUGUUGAACUGGAUUAGUGGACAAGUAGACAGCACUGAUGUUGUCACAAUAAACAAGUGUAGCGCGUUGUAGUGGUUGACCUAAUUCCAGUAAUAGAUUACGUAGCCAGCAAGCUUCUGCCACUGCAUUGGCAACGCCUUUGUAUUCUGCCUCGGCACUCGAUCUGGAGACUGUUGGUUGAUGUUUUGCCGACCAGGAUACCAAAUUAUCGCCUAGGUAGAGGCAGUAGCCUGAAGUCGAGCGUUGCGUAUUGGGGCAUCCUGCCCAAUCAGUGUCGGAGUAGGCAGUGAGAGUCGUCUUCUGAUUUUUGAGAAGUUGGAGGCCAAGCUGUUUGGUUCCCUGAAGGUACAGAGAAUAUACUGAGCAUAUCUAAACUAAUAACAGAAGAUGUUUAUCUUCUAAUAAUAUGUAAGUACGAAUGUAAUUAUUGUGGUCGGAUGACGAAAAACGAACUACACGAUUGGUCAUUUUGGCCUUGAUUAAUCUAAAGAAACGGCAACGUUUCGCGGAUUUGGGGCCAAUACUAUAGUUGAUGCAUUGAUGAGUAACCAGCGGAGAGAAAGGGCAAAAGGGAAGUAGCGUUAUCUGACGUGAAGAGGAAGGUGGUAAAGGAACGACGCUACACAUAUAUCACCGCUGAAGAAGGAUCAUAGAGACCAUAUGCGAGACCCGUUUAAAGAUGGAACAAAUUAUUAAUUACUUCAUUCAUGUCAGAUUAAACAUAAGAAAGUGAAUACAUAUAUGAAUGAUCGGUUGUCUAAAUCGUGCAAUGAUAGCAAUCAAUCUUUACCCUUUUAGAUGUUAUUAAUUCAUUAAUCAGCAGUGUUGAAUUAGUAUUUUGAUGAAGUAUCAUUUCAGUUGAAAUAAUUGAUCAUUUGAGUAUUAGUUGAAGGGUUCGCAGUUCUCUGGAUAAAUUAAGUUUGCAAGGUGAGUUGGUGAUAAGACAAUAUGGCUAUUCGUACGCUUUAUUAAUUUCUAAAACUUCUGUUUCAGAUAAAGAAUUAAGUGAUAUAGAUCUUCUCUUCAUUGAUGAGGCAAGACUUUGAAUAGCUAUCAAUGGAAUUUGAAAAAUCAGAUAUAGAGAAACAGACUAUAUAUAUAUAUAUAUAUAUAUUGAGAGAUAUGUCAUAUAAAUACAAAAAUAUAAUACAUACUACUAUUCAAUAAUGUACGUUAACAAUUGUUUUUGCAUGCAAUUGAUUAGAAAGUUGAGAAGCUUUGGUGAGAAGUAGGUGAAGAUAGAGUAAUAACAGCCUUUGGUAACCAGAACAUUAUUAUAUACGACCACACUAAAAGAUUUUGUUCAAUGUUUUAACUUUUAAACUAUUGAAGUAAAUCUUCUUUAUCUAAACAAAAAGCAGCUGAGAUUUACUAUUUCACCACAUGUCUUCUUGUUCUUUUUCUUUCUUUCAAUAUUUGCAAUCCUUAACAAACACUUCUUCUGUCUUUUGCCACAAUAAUUAUUUGUUUCAGUUAUUUAAUUAUGUACCCCAAAUCGUAUUAUGUUUAUCAUAUUAUGCUGAGGACCGGUUCUGUGCACACGAAUACACAGCUAAUAGACUAAUUUAUUGGUUAUACAUUAGGGUAUAUUAUUUCAAUUUCAGGAGUUUCAGUUGAAGAUGACUUUGAGUUUGACUCGUGGAAUUUAUAUUGGUCUAGAUUUUCUUCUUUCAAAGCUGUCAUCCAAGUGGAAGAAAGUAUGCACUGAUGCCACGAUGUCUACGAAAAUGCUAGGGCAAUAAUUUACAUUACUUAUGAAAGAUAUAGACUUCUAGUUGGCAAGCAAUAAAUUGAUUGUAUAAUGUACGGUUAUUGAAGUCGUUUCUAAAGCAAUACGGUUUAAAAUAAUUUAUGAGAUGAUAUUCAAAAAUUCCAUUAAAGUUGAUGGUUAACAUAUGGUUUAUAUUGUUUACAAAAUGAUGUAACAGUAAAUUAUAAAUAAAUGACUAAAAGGUGUAACUAUUUUGGUAUGAAAACUAAAAGGUAUAACUUUUGAACAUCAUAGAUUCAUAAUAAAAGUUUUAUUCAUAAUACUCAAAACCAUAUCAGACUGUUUUAUAUACAAAGUUCUUGAAGUUCAACUAGUUAUAAUAUUAAAACAAAGUUCUUAAACUUCAACUAGUUAGAAUAUUAAAAUAGUAAACAAUUUUUUUGAUAAUUUGUUUUAGAUAUAUUAUAAUAUAUUGAAACAUUUUUUUUAUAAUAUUUAAACAUUAAUAUGCAUUUCUACAUUAUUGUGUAAAACUUAUACGUUAAACUGCAUUUUAUUAUUUUACUGACUUUGUUCAAAAAAAAAUUAUUUUGACCAUGUUUGGCCUAUGUCUAUCAGGUAUAAAUUCAAAGAAGGACAUGUUCAUAUUCUUUAUUUGUUCAUAUACCCAUUCGUUAGUUAUUAACUGUUUAAGAACAGUAAGUUUUACAAAACAUGUAGAGUCUUAAUUAAAUUGGCUAAUUGAAUAGUGAGACCUUAUACAUUAAUUACGAAAUUAUUUAAACGAAUAGAAGAAUAAAUUAGGUAUAAGAGUUUAGAUGACCAAGCUUAAUAAUUCUGUCUAAUAUUUUAUAGUCGAUUCAUUUAAAUUUGUAGAAACUAGUUUAGUUUUCAAAUGUGAACUUCAGUCAACAUUUUUUUAGUAGCAAUCAAAAGUAUCAUGUCCCUAUUGCGUAAUUUAACAUAUGGCAAUGAGUAUUUAAUUAGAACAUUCUGUUGAUUCUUUUGAUGUUGUAAGAUAUAUCACUGUUUUGAUAAAUAUCUGGAUUUAUUUUUUCAUUCUCCGUACUGAUUGAUCUUAAUAGAAAAAAAAAUCAUAAAAAAUGACACUAUUUCGAAAGGUCACCUCGCUUAUAUCUGAAUACCAUACACCUAAUCACUCCGAGAUAUUGCUCUAUUGACACAAAACUCAUAAAAAAGUUAUAGAAAAGAAAAAAUAAAAACCGUAAAGAUAUAGAUAGCAAAACCCUAGGAUCCGGUUAUGGAAGGACCUACCAAAAGUAAAACCCCUAUCGUAAUAAAAGAAAACUAGGCUAUAUUAAUAUAUUUAGGUGUGAAUAUUCCUGUCGUAUUUAUAUUUUAUGACAUGGAUCCCAACGGUGAGUCGAAGAAAAUAAGCAAAAGAAGAUAUUUGUUCAUUUAUUAUUUUCAGACUGAAAAGACAAGACAAAUGUCAAAUCGGAUCUCAAUCUCAUCAUACGACUGCCAGUGCCUUCUUGUGUUGUCAUCAAUUUUUCACUAAUAUUUCCACCUUUUCCUCCACCGUAACUUAAAUUAAAAUGAAGAUGUAUAAUAAAAAUAUAAAUUGAUUUGAAAAUGAACCAGUUUAUUUCUUCCUUUAUAUGUCAUCCCGCACGUGUGUUCCUGACUGAUCUCAUAGUGUGUACCAUUCGAAGGAUUUCGCUCGAGAAGAACUCUUUAUUUUAUUUUAUUUUAACUUUAGAAGAACUCUAUAUUAAAGGUCCAUCGGAUGAGAAACUCAUCGUAACAAUAUAAUUAAGUUUUAACAAGAAGAAAAUAAACAAGAAACUUAAGUGAUGAGACAUUCGCAUAUGAUAAAAAUGAAGAUUAUAAACAUGUCUUUUUCAAAAUAUACUACUGUAGUUUUGUUUUUGUUUUUAAAUUAGACGUUAAUAUAUGUUUUCUUACAGAAAAUAGUUCAAAGUUAUUCUAUGAUCAGUCAAAUCAAAUAAGACGUAUUAAAGUAACCAUAGUAGAUUAUUUAUCAUCUAUCUUAAAGUAGAGGAUUAAAUAAAUAAAUAUGUUUAUAUAUUGCAUGUCAUAAAAAUAUAUAGGUAAAGAUAUAUUGCAUGUUAUAUAUCAACUCUUUGUAAUGUAAUUAGGUAGGACAAUAACUAUUGAUCUUCUGAUAAAGAGUUCCAAAAAAAAAAUCUUCUGAUAAAGAUAAAACUACGGAUACAAACAACUAAAUAUUGUUUAGCAAAUGAAACACAACUAUAUAGUGUUCCCUCGUUCUAAUAUAUAACAUUUUCGAAUUGAAAGUGCAUAAUUGCCAAAAACAUAACAAUUAAAUUGUCCAUGGCUAAGAAGUUUCUCGCACAUGUUCCCUCGGUUCAUGAAUUUCGUUCAAUGUCAUGGAAGUUGUAUUAAUUUUUUAAAUAUCCGAAAGACUUGUUUAUUCAUAUUGCAAUCACUAUAUGAUUUUUCUACAUGCUUUGGUUUCAUUUCGCAAGAUAUUGUAAAUUAUUUUUUAAUAAAUCACCUAUUUUCUAUAACUCCAUAAUUUAUACAAGACAAGUGACUGAAAUAGUAAAUUUGCUUUAAUGACAUAGAUAAUUAAAUCAAAUUUCUUAAUGCGUUCAAUAUAAAUUAUAAACCAAUAUGUUACAAAACUAAUUAAAAAACAAAAGUGUUAUUACCUAUAUAAAUUGUAUCAAAUAUUGUAGUAUAAAAUGAAACAUAAAACUUAUAAAAUAAUUAAUAAAAUAAUAUCAAAGUUUCUCAAAUUCGAUAAUUUUUUAUUUUAUAUUUUUACAGAAAUUUAGUGAGAAAUCAUCACUGAUCAUAUUCGUAAAACUAUUUUAAUAGAAACGGUUUAUAAAAAUUGGAUUAAGAUUUGACGUUUAUAAUUUCUCGGGAAUGUUUGAAAAGAAAUUAAAUUAAACUAAAUAAAUAAUUUAUUUAUUUAAAUAUUGUAGUGAUCCGACAGAAGGACUCGAUUGAUCCGACCGACACGCAUGUCCAUGCCCUUCAACUUCAACUCUCCACCAAUACGCAUGUCCAUGCCCUUCAACUUCAACUCUCCACCACCAAUUUACCAAGUACUAGUUUACAUUAUUUAUUGUUCCUUUUCUUUUGGCAAACUAUUUGUUGUUUAUAUAUUUUUUUUCAACCUGUUUAUUUAUUUCAAUAACUAAAACUCUUCAUAGUAAUUUUUGGUAUCUGUCACUGAACUUGUAAAUUCGUUAACAAGUGAAUGUUAGAAGAAAAAAAAUCUGAAACAUCGAACUAUGAAAUUAUUAAAAUUUUUUUGAAAAGGUGAAAUUAUUAAAUUUCAGACUGUAACAUCGAACUAUGAAAUUAUUCAGAAGGUUUUAUGCGCGUCCUUAAUUUGUAGCAUAUAAUGGGCAUGAAGGUUUGUUUGGGUUGGAAACAACUUGUAGUCUAUUGAAUCAACAGAUUAAUAUUUUUAAAUCCAAGUACUUCUAAAACAGAAUCUAAUCAUUUAUGCGCUUUUCCAUUGUAGGUAAUUUAUUAUGAAUCCGUAGAAAAAUAAGAUAUUUGUUUUCGUUUAACAUGGAAUAAAAAGUGGGAAACAAGGGAAGAGAUGGUCAGAAAUGGACCAACGGUCAAACGCCAAACCAUCAAAUCACAUUUUUACUAAGUACAGUCGAGACUUUUUAGUGGGUUUGCCUUAACGAAUUAGGCCAAUGUUCUUAUCCAUCACCGUCCUGUCCAACUUACCAUUUUUCCAUAUUAACAAUUUCACACGCAUGCAUAUGGUUUCCAAUAGUGAUCGUGGUUGGUCAGUUUUUUUCUGCGAUUAAUGUGGUGGAUGCUUUUUUAGUUAAAAAAAAACUAUUAUCAAUUUUAAUGUUUAAGAAAGAUCAUUUGAAAUCAAUUAGUUCACUAAAUAUUUGCCUGCAACACCGUAUAUACUGAAUGCAACUAACCAGUCUUAUUUUGCAAGCUAGUGUAAAAGACCAACUCCGAUAGUAUUGCAAAAUAUCAAAUUUGGUGUUAUUUUAUCUCUAAUGUAACUUCAAAAGUUCUAUUAUUAUACCAAAUUUGAUGUUUUGAGAAUUGUGUUACACCACUAUUCAUCACACUAAAUCCUUAUUUUAUUAUAUUUCAUUCAGUAAUAUAAUUAAGUUAAUAUUAUUUAUUAAUUUAAAUUAGUAACUAAAAAAAAAAUAUAUAUAUAUAUAUAUAAAUUAGCUAAAACAAAAUAAAUAUAAAAAUUUAAAUUAGUUAAACAGAAUAUUUAUAUAAAUCUAAAUAAAUAUUCAAAAAGUAAAAUUAUAAUAUUUUAACAAAUAAACAUAAAAUUCAAAUAUAAUAAAAUAAUAAUUAAUCACUACAAAUAACUAAAAUACUAAUAUUAUUAAAAUCAACAAAAAUAAAGUGUAAUAUUUUUUGGGCGUGAAACUUGAUGGUGUAGUUGGAAAUUAAAAUUAAAAUAGAACAUAAAACAUUAAAUUUGAUUUUAUUUCAAUACCAAAUUUAAUAUUAUGGUUGUAGUUGCCCUGACUAGUAACAUUAAAAACCAAUCAAGUUUAUUUUUAGUUUGUAACUUAUCACUCAACGAUUUGAAAGGAAAACGGUAUACUGCAUUUUGCAGUCCCUCUCUAACAAUCUCUUAUUAACUAACACAAAUAUUUCCAUUCUUUAUUCAUGAUACCAGACAAAGCACUUAUUACUAGGGCAUAGAUCAUAGCAAAAGUUGAGGGGCCAGCAAAUUUAAACUAAGAUUAGUUAAAAAGCAAUUAAGAUUAUCUUCGUCCCUAAUCUAUAAUUUACUCUAAAUAUAGAGUAGAAAAUGGAGGAUGAACAAAAAAAAUAAAAAAAUUACUCCAUAAAUAUAAUGAUAUUUUAUUUUUUGUUAUUACUCUAUUUUUCACUCUAUUUUGGAGUAAAUUAUGGAGCGGGGAUGGAGAUUUCCGUACUCUCCUUUUGAUCAGAAAUUUCAACCCAGUAAACAUCGUCUUAAAAUUCUAAUCACCGAUAUACAGAAGGAAAAUGAUGAAUUUCAUUUAGUCACAAAAUGAAGAUUAUUAUAUUGUCUAAAAUAUGAAAUUAUUGAUUUUAUGAUAUUUUGUAUAGCUGUGAUCCAUAUUAAAGGCCACUAAACUAUUUGGCAUUUUAUAAAACACGUCUUCUUUUGCAUCGACAAUCAUAAUUUUUAUUCGCAUUAAUUAGGUAAACGACGCAUGAACCCAAAGUAUAUAUGUUUCUUCUAUAACAUCAUGUGUUGAUUGAGUUUCACAUAUAUAUGUCGUGAACCAAUCCAAAAGACCGUUGCCCAAUCGUCUUGAUUUACUCUACUAUUUUCCUUGCAACUAAUUUUAUGCGUGAUUAUGUAUGCGACUAAAGUGUUAGGUGACAUGGGUUAAUUCGGGGUAUUAGUUAGUCGGUAGCUAAUGAUAUUUAGAGUGCUAAUCAAGAUCUAUAAUCAUACUUUAUAUUUCAUUUCUCUCUCUUCCUUUUGAAAAUUUUAAUUUAAACUGAUUAUUUCUCUUCUUUCCAUAUUGGAUUGGCCCCAAAAUGGAUUCGGCUCGUACUUCUAUGUUAAUCUUGCUAUCUUCCUAUUUUAGUAACAAACGAUAUCACUAAAAUUUCUCUUAAUCCUCUAAUUCUUGAUUUGCUUUUGAUGAAAAAAAGUAUUACUAUUAUACAAAACUCCAAUUGCUCACAGCCAAUAAGAAAGAACACACACGUCGACAUUAAUCAUUUUGAUCGUCUUUUUAUUUAUUUCAAAUUUAUUCAAUUAAUAUCUUCCGGUCCGGUCAUUCAGAUCUCUGUCGUCUCUUUCUCUCUCUAUAUCUAUACACACAAACCAAUCUUUAAACACUAUUGAAUCUCUAUCUCUCUUCUUCAUCUUCUCCAUAAGUUUCAAAAGAUAAAAGCUUGACCCUUCUUUGCUUAUAACUUCUUUCUUUAAGAAAAGAAAAUUAUUUUAUUCAUCUUCUAUAGGACUUUCAGUAGGUCAUCUAGAAACCCUAUUUUUUCUAAUGAAGAAUCAGCAAGAAGCGAUGAGCAGUAGUAUCGAAGAAUCUCUAAAAUCUAUGUCGUUGGAUUACUUAAAUCUCUUAAUCAACGGUCAAGCUUUCUCCGACGUCACUUUCAACGUAGAAGGCCGUCUAGUCCACGCUCACCGUUGCAUCCUGGCCGCACGUAGCCUUUUCUUCCGCAAAUUCUUCUGCGGAUCUGACCCUUCCCAAACCGAUCCGGCUAACCAAACCGGGUCAGGAGCUAGAGCAGCCGUAGUGGGAGGAGUCAUACCGGUGAACUCGGUCGGUUACGAAGUUUUCUUGCUUCUACUUCAGUUCUUGUACAGUGGUCAAGUCUCUAUGGUACCGCAUAAGCACGAGCCAAGAUCGAAUUGUGGCGAUAGAGGAUGUUGGCACACGCAUUGCACCGCAGCUGUGGAUCUCUCUUUAGAUAUCUUAGCUGCGGCUCGUUAUUUUGGCGUGGAGCAGCUCGCUUUGCUUACUCAGAAACAAUUGACAAGCAUGGUGGAGAAAGCCUCCAUCGAAGACGUGAUGAAGGUGCUAAUAGCUUCAAGAAAGCACGACAUGCAUCAACUAUGGACCACUUGCUCUUACCUAGUUGCCAAAUCUGGUCUUCCAACAGAGAUUCUAGCCAAGCACCUCCCAAUCGAACUCGUAGCCAAGGUUGAGGACCUUCGUCUCAAAUCUUCCAUGCCACUUCGUUCCCUAAUGCCUCACCAACAUGACCUAACCUCGGCUCUAGACCUAGAGGACCAGAAGAUCAGGAGGAUGAGACGAGCUUUGGACUCCGCGGAUGUCGAGCUCGUGAAGCUAAUGGUUAUGGGAGAAGGACUCAAUCUAGACGAGUCCUUAGCUUUGGUUUACGCUGUGGAGAAUUGUAGUAGAGAGGUUGUGAAGGCACUUCUUGAGCUUGGAGCAAUCGAUGUGAAUUAUCCGGCGGGUCCCACCAGGAAGACCGCACUCCACAUUGCGUCUGAGAUGGUCUCACCAGACAUGGUGGCCGUCUUACUAGACCACCAUGCAGAUCCCAACGUUCAGACAGUUGAUGGUAUCACUCCUCUUGACAUACUUAGAACCCUAACUUCGGAUUUCUUGUUUAAGGGGACAGUUCCUGGAUUGACUCACGUUGAGCCUAAUAAGCUCAGGCUUUGUCUCGAGCUGGUCCAGUCCGCAGCACUGGUGAUGUCCCGUGAAGAAGGGAUCAAUAAUGAUAACAACACUGUGAUGUACCCUAGGUUGAAAGACGAACACAUGAGUGGAAGCAGUUUGGAUUCAAGAUUGGUUUAUCUUAAUCUUGGAGGUGAACAUGGAAACCAAAUGGAAGGAAUGAGCCUGCAUCAUCAUCAUGAGCCGCCAACAAUGUAUCAUCACCACCACCACCAUUUCUAAGUUUUUUUAGUCGAUCAUCUUCUAGUUAUGAUAAUUAAGAGUAAAGACAUAUUCGAGAUCUAAUUUAUUUGUUAUGGUAGACAUUUUCUGUGUAUAUGGAUAUGCGAUGUAAACUCUUAUAUUCCGUUAAGAGUGGGAAGGAAGGAGACAAGAAGAUAAUCAGGCCACCAACAAAAUGGUCAUUAGAAAACGUAUUUUUUUAUAAAAAGAAAAAUUAUGCUGUUGUUAUUGGAAAGUUAAGAUACUAGUAAUUAUAAUCUCAUUACUUAUACUAAUUUUGUUGUUAUAAACUCAUAUUUCUCUUCUAAAAUUCAUUCAAAUAUAAUUAUUGACUCAAUAAAUUUAUAACAAUAUUUUUCUAUAAUUUUGUAGGUCAUAGCAAAUCACAAAGCUAAUAAGUCUCCAUAACCUAAUUUUCAUAGGACAUGCGCAUGCUAUAUAUAGCUAUUUCAAUUAUCAUGAGACUCCUAAAAAGUUCAGUCAAAGGCAUAUAUGAUUCAAUUCCAAUUUCAGUGAAUUAUUGUCCAGGACUUUACUACAUAUAUAUUUAUUUUAUAAAUCAAAACUAAAUCAUAAUUAACUACGUAACUCUUUUGAACGUUAUCAAAAGGUUAAACUAGAAUAAUUGACUCUAACAACAUUUUGAAGAUUGGGUAAUAUGGUUCAGUGAAAAUUAAAUUAAGAAUUUCUCCAAAAUUUUACAAUUACGGUUAAGCGUUAAACACUUUUUUAACGUCUGAUUAAUUAUGGUAUUACAACACGAUUUUACGGCUGAAAAUUAUACCACUAUUUGAGAAUACACGUCUGACUGCGUCACUUCGAACUGUCCUAUAAGAUCCAUGUUUCAUGAUACGCUCUCUGAAAAUUCUUACAAUCUUUUUUUCUCUGUAAUAUACAUAAUUUAAGGUUUAAAUUCCAGAUCUCCGGAUGUAAAAAUAUUAAUGAACCUUUUCAUUGGAUUAAAGGUGUUUCCACAAAAUUUAAUAAUGGUAGUUUUGUAUCCAUGCUCGAGCAAUUAGCUCAUUAAUUAGUCUUUGGAAAUUUUCCAUUGGUGGAAUUUUAUUUCAGGUAGAAGUUUCAUGACUAAAACGAGGUUUAACCAAAUUUAAAAGACUGAACAGUACACAAAAACUAUUUAAAUAAUCAGAAAAUAACUGGUUACAAACCCCAAUGAGGCAUGAAGAACGCCUCAUGCUUAUCUAAAGAGUCAUAUACUCAUAUAUACGUCCGUCUCUCUUGGUUAAAGAAGACAAUCCUCAUAUUAUAAAAACCACCAGGUCCACCGAACCACCAUCGUGGGCGAAUUUUGACCGCACAAAAUUAAAUAUGGAAGAAUAUAUUGUAUAUAUAUAUUGGAGAGAAGAUCCCACAUCGAAUAUAUGAAAGGGACUUGAGUAAUAUAUAAGGGACUUGGGUCAAUCCACUAAUUGCCAAUUGAUUUUAAGUUGGAAGCCCAAGAAACUUAUCAUGGUAUCAGAGCCGGCCCAAUACUCUGACCCAUUAAUCCGGCCCGGACAGUGGCCCGAUCAUCCCAUUAGCUGAUGGCCAUAAAAGACUCAGUUCCACCGAGAUCGCUAGAAAAUAAAAGCAUGAUUUCGGAGGGGGUAUGAUGGAUUCUGCGAGAUUAAUGGUUAUACGCACCAUUAUCUCGAGGGAGGGUAUUGGAGAGAAGAUCUCACAUCGAAUAUAUGAAAGGGACUUGAGUAAUAUAUAAGGGACUUGGGUCAAUCCACUAAUUGCAAAUUGGUUUUAAGUUGGAAGCCGAAGAAACUUAUCAAUAUAUCUUUAUCAUAAGAAAAAUGAGGUUUUGGCCGGGUACAACCUCAAGUUUGAAACUGUUUAUUUUUAUAACAUUAGUUUAUACAAACGAAUCAUGUGCCCGUCCAAGCACCACCUCCCACGAUUUUCUAAUAUAUUCGAAUAUCCUGGUUUAUGCCUACUGAUUCGCACAGUGAGCAAAAAGAACCCCCAAGUUUUUCAAGGAAAAGACCUCGUGUUUUAAAUUCUUAUAUUUUGGACCCCUAAAUUUUAACAUAAUAUACAAAUCCAGCUCUUUACUCUUUUUGCCUAUAUAUACGUUGUAACAAAGAGACGCUUCUCUCUAAAACUAACACUCACAAAGAAAAGAAGAGAAACCACUAAAAGAGCAGGAAAUGGCCGGACUACAAUACAGUUUCUUCCCAACAGACUUCUUCUACCCAAGAGCUUCUCCUCCGGCUACAAGCCUCGUCGCUGCUACUCCAAAACUGGAGAUAACCCAAAAGAGAGAUGAUUCAGUAGUGAUUGAUAAAACUCGUGCCUCUAAGUUGUCUCUUCUUAUACGUGAAAAGACCAAUACUCAGUCACGUUUAGAUACGCAAACAUGGAAGAUGAAGAAGCCACUUCUGAUCGAAGAUGACAUGUUGUAUUUUUGAUAUAGCUUAUAAUCAUCAAGCUACAAUCCUUCUUUCAGCCUUGAGUCGCUCGUUGUGACUAUACACAUCAAUAAGGUCAUGAUCUAUAUUUCUAUUUCUAGCAUAUAGGUUUUGAGCCUCAUAGAUGCCAAUAGGCAAUACAGUUUUAUUUUGAUCUGGCUGUUGUUUAGAGCUCUGAUGUAUACCUUUACAUUUUAAGUCUUUGAUAGAUUGUAAUAAAAAAAAAACGUAUGUUCUUGUGUAGACUUCUUCUCUUGUAAACCCAACGUCCAUGACUAUGAUAUUAUUUAGUCCGCUUCUUUA